AAAUGAACUGCGAACCAAACAAAGACCACGCCCCUCUUGUGCUCCUCGGCCCUAUUUAAAAUUGCACCACUUUGUAUUAUUUCUUAUCUAAUUAGCUAAUUUGAAGCAAUACGAGUUGAAAUUCAGUGCUGAUACGCGAGAUUCAAAUGGGUGAAAUUCGUGCAGCCGGCUUUGUCAUUUUCAGAAGACUGUCAAACCAAAUUCAAUACCUGCUAAUGCAGGCCUCUUAUGAACCUUUCCACUGGACACCUCCUAAAGGACAUGUUGAAGAGGGCGAGGAUAACAUGGAAACAGCAAAAAGGGAAACUAAAGAAGAAGCUGGCAUCGACUUUAAGGACCUCAAACUUACUGACUUCACCAAAAGCUUGAGAUACGAAGUCAAAGGCAAGCCGAAAGUGUCUGUCUACUUCCUUGCCGAGUUAGUAAACCCUGACACACCUGUGAUACUGUCCCAUGAGCACAAGGCGUUUGACUGGCUGCAAAUUGAUGACGCCUGCAAGAGUGCGAAUUUUGCAGACAUGCAAGAGUUGCUGAAGGAGUGCCAGGCUUAUAUUGACAAGGUUUAAAUUUAUUAUCACCUCUUUAUUAUCAAUUCCAAUUAAUUUAAUUGCGCCAUCUACUUGAAUUCUACUUAUUGUAAGCUUUUAGUGGUGUCCCAAUAAAAAAUGCCAAUGAAUAUUCACGAACCUCUCAAAAAAUUAACUGUUUCAUUAGGUUUCGAGUAAAAAUGAAACACACAUCGAGUAACUUUUAAAAACAAUUAUUAUAUUCUUGCUCAUCAUUAUGUAAAUAAUACAUUGUGUCAACAGAAACGCGUUAUUUCACAAACAAAAUUUGGAGUGAAAAAGGGGAAACACACAUGAAAAGGAUCGAGAGAAAGAGUGCAAAAGGAAGGGAAAGAAAA